ACACAUUCGCGUCAGUUCGCCGUUCAAUCGCGAGUUUCUGUGGACUACCAUCGUUUAAAAUGUUGGCAAGAGGCGAUGAGAUAUUUGAUGCGCUUCCAAACAGGUUCUAGCGUUGAAACGACGGACGAUGACAAGAAGAGAAAGAGAAAGAGAAUCUCAAAUUCCAAGUACAGACCCCAGGCCUCUUCUGAUGAAGAGGAGUCUAGUCUUCCAGAUGCACCAGCAGUGCUGUCGUUUGGACAACCUCUUUUGAGCUUUGAAAACAUUGUUCCUGGUAACAAGGUUUCAGUGCUGCCCGAUGCUCCAGAAGUUGCAUCGAUUCCAGAAAACCAGGAAAAUGUUGUGCCAUCUGUAGACUUCAGAGGUGAACCAGGUUUCUCCCCAGAAAUUCAGACUCCACUUCACAGAGCCAAGAGUUUGAGUACAAGACACUUGACUGGUUACUCGCCGCAGCAGUUUCUGGAUGAAAGGUGUCGAGCUCGUCAAGUACUAAGCUUUACACCCCCAGCAGCAAAUUUACCCUGGCAGCAUAUGGGUGAAAACGCUGGAGGAGAAAGUCAUUGCUCUGUAAUUGGCCCUUGGACUCCCCUGGCAUCUCGUGUACAGCAUGAAGUUUUCAGCUAUGAAGAUUUCCAGAGACUCCAGAAUGAAAAACAAGCCGUGAUGGAGGAGAACCAAGCCCUUAGGGAGGAGAACCAAGCUCUGAGGGAGGAGAACCAAGCUCUGAGGGAGGAGAACCAAGCUCUGAGGGAAAGCACUGCACGAGCAGCUUCGGAUGACAGCGGCUCACUUCAAGAGCAGGUGAAGCAAGUUGGGACAAUGUUGAAGACGUUUGCUCGCACUGGGCAAUCAGGUGCAGAUCAGACCUUAAUGCUGCGACGUCUUGGAGAGUUUGGCGUGAAGGCGGAAAAAGGCGCCGCACAGCUGAGAGGGACCCACAGCCGACCCCUUAAACCUAGGCUGACUACUGACAUCCCAGCAUCACUGACAACUGGAACCCUUUCUUUAUCCUGCAGUCAGUAACAUCAAGACCCCUAAAGAAGCCAGAAGUGUCAGACUGCACCCCCCAAUCCACACUGUUCACUGUGGAUAUUAUCAUAGUGCUUAACUUAUUAUAUUGUUAAAUAUAGCUUGUAAAUCCUUGUGCCACAGGUCAGCAUUGCAGUUAUAUCUGUUCUACUACUUUUUUUACCUCAGUAUUUUUUAUAUAUAUUUGAAGAUGUUUAUCACAGAUACAAAAGACAUCUUGUACCCCAGGUCAGCAAUGCCAUUAUAAUGGUCUAUUCUACUCCAGAGCUUUAUUCUAAAUUAUUACCACUUAUCUUAUUGUUAGAAAUGGCUUGUAAAUGUGAUGUUAUACCUGAAUUUUUUUUGGUGUCCUGCACAUUCUUUGGUACCAGAUAUACUCAUUACUUAUGUUUACUGGUAAUUCUUUUCAUGCCAGAGCUGACCUCUUUAUAUUAUUAACAAUUAUUGUAAGUGUUAUAAUUUGCUUGUAAGCUAAGGCUGUUUUUUUUUUUUUACAAUUUAAUUGGAAACCUGCAUGUGUGUGUGUGUGUAUUUAUUUAUUUUUUUUUCUCUUUUUUUCUGUUAUUUAUAUUUCAGGGAUCUGACAUCAUGUUUCAAUGACAGUUACUGUACUUUGAAAUGUGGAAUUAAAACGUCAAAUGGAAA